CCUCCUGUGUGCGGAGAGGAGGCUGCUGGAGUCCUUGCCUUGCCGGGCGCCCCUGCCUGCCUGCCUGCCUGCCUGCCUGCCUGCCGCCUCCUCCCAGGUGCUCGCCUGGCGCCCCUCCCACCUCCCUCCAGCCGCCGGGGCGCGCUUGGUACCCACGGCCAGGAAGUUCACGGGAACUUGGGGGCGGCCCAUCGCAGCAGAGUGGGCAAGCCGGCCCUGAACGCCUCUCCUCCUCCUCCUCCUCCUCCUGCCCCUUUGCACGGAGUUCAUCCCGAACUCUUCUUCCCUGCCCUUCCCUGGAUCUCUCGAGCGCGCCUCCUCCUCCUCCUCCGGGGCUUUCAAGUUAGCAGAGCGGAGGUGCUGCCGGGCAGAGCCAGCUGGCCUGGCUGCGCUGCCGGACUUGGCUGGAGAGGGGCAAGGCCUGGGAGGAGAAGCCCUCUCGCCCCGGGGGCCCGGCCCAGGGGCCCGGCAGGGCUGGGGAGAUGCCCGCGGUCCUGGAGAAGUCGGGGAUCUUGUCCCGGAGCCGCUCCAAGACCGCCACCAAUGGCACCCACCCGAACUCGGAGGAUGACAGCAGCGAGGAGGAGCAUUCCCACGACAGCAUGAUCCGUGUGGGAGCGGAUUACCAAGCCGUGAUCCCCGAGUGCAAGCCAGAACACGCAGCCCGCUACAGCAACAAGGAGUUGAAAGGCAUGCUGGUGUGGUCUCCCAAUCACUGCGUGUCCGACGCCAAACUGGACAAAUACAUCGCCAUGGCCAAGGAGAAGCAUGGCUACAACAUCGAGCAGGCUCUGGGGAUGCUGCUGUGGCACAAACACGAUGUGGAGAAGUCCCUGGCCGACCUGGCCAACUUCACCCCCUUCCCGGACGAGUGGACGGUGGAGGACAAAGUCUUGUUUGAGCAGGCCUUCAGCUUCCACGGCAAGAGCUUUGCCCGCAUCCAGCAGAUGCUCCCCGAUAAGCUGAUCCCCAGCCUGGUGAAGUAUUACUACUCCUGGAAGAAGACCCGGAGCAGGACCAGCGUGAUGGACCGGCAGGCCCGGAAGCUGCUCAGCAAGAAAGAGAAGGAGGACAGUAAUGAUGAACUGGAAGACGGGCGGCAGGCCAGCGAGGGGGAAUUUGACGCCCUGGACCCCAAGAAGGAGCCGAGUUACCAGAAGCCCCCCAACAGCAAGCCGGGGCCGGUGAAGAAAGAGGUGCAGCUGUCCCAGUACCGGCACCACCCGCUGCGGGCCCGCCGGCGCCCUCCCAAAGGCAUGUACCUGAGCCAGGAGGACAUCACCGGCCUGUCGGCCAGUCCCGACAUGGCUGCCCUCACCCUGCGCCACCUGGACUCGCAGCUGGUUUCUCUCAAGCGCCAGGUCCAGAGCAUCAAGCAGAUGAACAGCAGCAUGAAGCAGGCCCUAGAAGGAGGAAUCGACAAGCUGCGGCCGCCGGAGGCCAACGUCAAGUUCAAUUCACGCUGGACCACAGAUGAGCAGCUGCUGGCAGUCCAGGCCAUCCGGAAAUACGGCAAGGACUUCCAGGCCAUUGCGGAGGUGAUUGGGAACAAGACCGUGGCCCAGGUGAAAACCUUCUUCGUCAGUUACCGGCGGCGCUUCAACCUGGAGGAGGUGCUGCAGGAGUGGGAGGCGGAGCAGGAGGGAGUGGGUCCGGCGGCGGCGGCGGCAGCCCCGGCCCCUCAGGGCAGCUCCCCUUCCCAGGACCACAAGAGCUCCGGGGCCUCGCUAGCAAGCAGCGAGGAAGAGGAUGAGGUGCAGAUCACGGCUGUGUCCCGCUCCUCCCAACAGCAGCAGCAGCAGCAGCAGCCGCCGCCGCCUCUGCCGCCCCCUCCGCCCCCACUCCCGGCUUCCCCCCGGCCCCCUCCGGCCGCCCUUUCCCAGCCGCCCCCCCUGCUGAGGCCCACACUCCCAACAGCCCCCACGCUGCACCGCCAGCCGCCCCCUCUGCAGCAAGGCCGCUUCUUGCAGCCCAGACUCUCGCUCAACCAGCCGCCGCCGCCGCUCAUCCGGCCGGCCACCUCGCGGCAGGCACCACUGCGCGGCGGCCAGCACCCGCCUUCGCUCCUCGGCGGGACGGGGGAGCCCCCUCCGCCCUCCGCUGGCUCCCUCUGAGGAGGGGCUUGGGCCGGCUGCUUCCCAGCACCGGGGGAGCCCCCGCCCCACAACAGCUGCCUGCCUGGCGCAGGGAUGGGGGGCGGUCCGCCCGUCCCCCCAGCCCAGAGAUGCCGGGCUCCUGUGGGGGCGGCUUCACACGCUCCCACCAUCCUCUGACCCAGUUCAGGUAGCGUCCAGAAAACUGGCACUGAACCCCAGUCCCCAGACAGACGGCGGGGUGGGGGUGGGGUU